UUCGCUUCUGACGCGACUCGUGAUUUUCUUCGCGAGUAGUUUAACCUCGACCGUAACGGCUCUAACCGUAGAGACUUCUGCUUCUAGACAGAUGCCUCAUAGAAUGUGGCCCAGGUGGACGUAAUUCGUCCUGUGAGAGAAAAGACGAAGCAUGUGGAGAGCUAAAGGACUUGUGUGGAGAGUGCUGCAUCGGUACCAUACCAGCACCCCACUACGUCUACCCCAGAACCACCAUGUGGAAGAUGAGGUCAAAAACACCUCCACUGUGCUCUCCACAUCUCGAAAUUCCUCAGACAGCAGCUCCCAGAAAGAGGAGGAUGGCGAGCAUAGGAGGAAGAAACAGAGGGCCUUCAAGUUCAGCUCACCUGAGCUGCCGCGUUACACAGCUCUUGACGCCAUGGGAUGGGGUGCGGCAGCAGUACUCUUCAUGCAGAUCUGCCGGCGGGUCCACUCCAGAUUCUCUUCAGGCACUGAUCCCAGUCCGACCUUGACGGCACCGUCAACUUUGCACACCUGUGGCUACCGCCUCCUGCUGGAGAUCAUAUCGAGGAAUGAUGUGGUUCCAAGAGGAAAUAGUGUGUUGUGCCUGCACAGUCUGUCCUCGGGUGAGAGCAGAAGCAGCAGUAGCAGCACUAGUGAUGAAAGUGACGGUAGACGUCAAAGCUGCAGUGAGCAGAACCGCCUGACCACGCCCACCUUCAUCUCAGACCACCAGGGGCCGCUAGGCCAGGAUUUCCCUUUAGAAGCUUCGUGCCCCUCGGAGAAUGUUUGCAGCCAAGACAACACAGAAACAGAACAUGCUCAUGACAAGGGUAUGUUUUUAGGCGAGGAGCGGCUGGCAGAAGCAGCACAGAAUCUCAAAAAAGUGGCAGACACCAACAUCCCAGUCAUCCUCAACAUUAUUGGUCUCCAACGAGGUAAAAGUAAGAACUAUGAGGAAGCAUUUGUCUGUUUCGUGGCAGCCGCUGAGCAAGGCUACAGCAAGGCUCAGUUUAACGCUGGUGUCUGUUACGAGAUGGGCAAAGGAGUCAGCAAGGACAAGGAGAAGGCGUCCCAUUACUACUGGCGGGCAGCAGUUGGCGGUCACACACAGGCUCAGUAUCGCUGUGCAAAGCUGCUGCUAGCCAGUGGGCACCAAAAUGUGGAAAAGCUGAACAUAGCCAUCAGCCUCCUGGAGAAGGCCGCUGCAGCUGGUCUAACUAAGGCUCAAACGUGCCUGGCUUCUGUGUACACUCGGGAGCCAGUGAGAAACGGGAGCAAGUCUGUCCACUACCUGCAGAUGGCAGCAAAGAGCAGAGAUGAUACUGCUCUGCUCCUGUUGGGUCAGUGCUAUGAGAGUGGCUUUGGGGUCCAGCAGAACCUGAGAACAGCAAUGGAAUUGUACAGACGUGCUGCUCAAGCAGGAAACAAGCACGCUCAGCUCUUGCUGACAUCUCCCACCGAGACAGACGUGUUGCGCUCCAUCCGAUCUUCUCCGUGUUUCAUUGAAUCCGAACUCGACCCCAAGCGGCUGCUCUCGUCUCUGGCCAGCCGCGUGCUUGCAGAUGCAGACACCGGUCCUUCCGUCACCCUUCCCUUCCUGUCGCACUCCUGGAGCACAGGGAGCAUGCAUGUUCCUCCAUCGCUAUCCUCCACUCCUCUUCACCUUCAUCCCCAAAGCAGAGAGGGAACAUCAUGCCAGUGGAUGGUAGGGGUUGGAUAACUGCUGUCUAGGGUGGUUGUUUUUUUGUUCUAGCUUGCACAGGUCAGUUCUGCUAGCCUACUUAGAAAGAUCACAGUCUACUGUCUCUGUGUGUUUUCUACUUGGAGGCACUUCUCUGUAGUUCUUGGUUCAGAAAACAACACAACAGGUGUUUUAUCGCUUUGAUAUUCUGUUUCUACAUCCGUUUUGGUGAUUUAUUUUUAUAUAUUCAGCUAUUAAAGUGUAUUCAGCUAUUAAAGUAUACUUACACAAUCUCAUAGAUAUAUACAACAAAUGUGUGUGUGGACAUUCAAAGCUGGCCCAUGUUAAUCCACAUCCAGAUCAGCGUAAGUAGCCUUUAUAUUUAUAUUAUGUAAAUACUAAUCAUGUUUUAGGUUCUUCUUUUUAUUCCUGUUUUUAUUUGGUGUUGAAGACAAUGUGAAGCUUUGGGCAGGUGAUGACAUGUUCCUCUGCACUUGUGUGGCAUUAGUCCUGUUAGAGACAAGUUGACGUGGUGUCCGACCAGUUGUAUAGUAUAGCAGUGGUCCCCAACCCCCGGGCCGCAGGUCAUUUGGUACCGGGCCGCACAGAAAGAAAAAAAUAAUUUCCAUUAUUUCAUUUUUUUAUAUGUUUUAUUUUGAAAAGUGGCCGGAUUCUCUCUUACAUCCGUCUCACUUGACGCAUGUCCAUUGUGCGUGUGCUAACUUUAUCUCAUGCUGCACAGAUAGACUACUACUGUAUUUUUACCAUUUUUCUUUCACCUCAUAUUUGGUGUCAAAUGCUGAUACUAUGUGGGAAUGCAUAAAGGUAAGUUUUGAUGACUUAUUGAGCGGUAAUGUGCACAUUUGUCUCAAGUUAAUUCAUGCUAGCGCACUGACUGUUACCACACACGUCAAACAGCGAUGUAAUAAUCUCUGGAAAAACUUGGCUUCAACUUGAACUGGUGGAUGGUGGGUCGGCAUUCAUUUUGUGCUUUUAAUUUGAUGUUAUUCAUGUCUUAGUUUUACACAAUACAUAAUAAAUAAGAUAAAUUACAUUGCUAAAAUGUAACCCCACCCCCCGGUCCGCGGGAGAUUUGUGGGAACACAAGCCGGUCCGUGGGUCAAAAAAGGUUGGGGACCACUGCAGUAUUGGAUACCUCCUGGCUUUUAUGUAUACAUGUGCCGAUGUUAACCUAUAGGAUGGAUGUAUUGCAAGACUUUUGCUACUGUGUACAUAUGCACAAUAAAAAUAUACAA